AUGAACUCUAUAGGACAAACUACACAAUUACCUAAUUAUUCUUGUAGUGAAAAUAAUGUUUCUAUUCAGUUUACAUCAUCUUCAUCAUUUCAUUCAGCAUGGAAUCCAACAUCAAAUUGUUCUUUACAACAAUGUAAUGUAAACUUAAAUUAUAAUAAUAGUUGUCUUUCAUCAUCAACUCCUUGUUUUGAUUAUCGAACAAUAAAUAAUAUUCGUUAUUGUUCACCUGGAAUUUUAUGUUCAAUAUUAGAAACGUGUGAUAAUAUUACACAAACAUGUUCAUCAAAUAAUUCAAUAUGUGUUAUUAAUUCAUGUUGUUCACCACAAGCAGUAUGUUUACCAUUGUUAAUAACACAAAUGUGUGAAAGAGGAUGGCUUUCUACUGGCAACAUGAGUGAUGCACGAUGGAUUCACACAGCAUCUGUAUUAUCAAAUGGGAAAGUAUUAGUUACUGGUGGAGUUGGCAUUGGUGGUGCUUUAAAUAGUGCUGAGCUGUAUGAUCCAUCGACAGGUACUUGGACAACUACUGGUAACAUGACUAAUGUACGAGCUUGGCACACAGCAUCUGUAUUAUCAAAUGGAAAAGUAUUAGUUGCUGGUGGUGAAGGCAAUUCUAAUGUUUUAUAUAGUACUGAGCUGUAUGAUCCAUCAACAGGUACUUGGACAACUACUGGUAAUACGACUGAUGCACGAGUUUAUCACACAGCAUCCGUAUUAUCAAAUGGAAAAGUAUUAGUUACUGGUGGUACGGGCACUGGCUACUUAAAUAGUGCUGAGCUGUAUGAUCCAUCAACAGGUACUUGGACAACUACUGGUAACAUGACUAAUGCACGAUAUUAUCACACUGCAUCUGUAUUAUUAAAUGGAAAAGUAUUAGUUGCUGGUGGAGGUAGCAAUGGCAGUUUUGUUUUAAAUAGUGCUGAACUCUAUGAUCCAUUAACAGGUACUUGGACAAUUACUGGUAGUAUGAGUCAUGCUCGACAAAUUCAUACAGGAUCUUUAUUAUCAAAUGGAAAAGUAUUAAUUACAGGUGGAUGGAAUAAUGGUGCUUUAAAUAGUGCUGAGCUGUAUGAUCCAUCGACAGGUACUUGGACAACUACUAGUAACAUGACUAAUGUACGACAAUAUCACACAGCAUCUGUAUUAUCAAAUGGAAAAAUAUUAGUUACUGGUGGUUCAGGCAAUGUUAAUACUUUCAAUCGUACUGAGCUGUAUGAUCUAUCAACAGGUACUUGGACAACUACUAGUAACAUGAAUGAAGGACGAUGGUAUCACACAGCAUCUAUAUUAUCAAAUGGAAAUGUAUUAGUUACUGGUGGAUAUCAUAAUCCUAGUAUUUUAAAUAGUGCAGAAUUAUAUUAA